UUACGAGUACUCUCUUCUGCCUCUCAUGUCCGUCUUCUCAUUCGACGCACGUCGUUAGCUGAAAAGAUCCAUUCUGAAACUUUUCCACAUCAUCACAUCACAUCAUCCUCAUUCACAUUCACACUCAACAAGUAUUCGACCAUGGGCUCCGUGGGCUCCGUCGAUUCAACUCCUCCCCACAAACCCGCAAAGGAAGCAAGGAAACUUGCAUGUCGGCUCUGCCAGAAGCGCAAAAAGAAGUGCAACCGGAAAAGCCCAUGCUCUAUGUGCAUCAAGCUCAAAGUCGUUUGUCAGCCAAGCGCACCAGCCGCGCCGCGCAAACGCAGGCAGUCGACAAAGGACUUGUUUGCCCGGCUGGCCUGGUGCGAGGAGCAGCUAAGGCGGAAUCUUGAGUGCCGCCAGUGUCUUGAGUGCACGUCGUCGACGGAAAAGUCGACUGCUGAAAUAGCAAAGAGGCUUUCAGAGAUUAAAGCUGAUCCAAAUAUCUCUUCUUCCACAACAUCCACGCCGGCUACUGAAUCAUGACCUCUCUUUUCAU